CAAAAUUUGAAAUAGUAAUGCCAACCAGUGAAAGAAGGAGAAAAAUGGAGAAAAAAGAGUUUAAAGAAGCAUCUAAACGACGUAAAGUUGUGACAAAUCACUUCAGUCAAUGAAUUUGUUCAGAUGAAGUGUUUUGUUCAUGAUGAAGUGUUUUGUUGAUUAGAGAAACUAAUAAGUAAUGGUAAGAAGACGUGCUCCUGCUCAAAAGGCUUUAACUCCAGAAAGAGUAAAAUUUACAGCUGAUAAUGAAAAUGGUGAUAUUUGCGAAGAAAACAAUUUUAAAAAUGAAUUAGAUGAGGAAUCUACAAGUACAUUGAAAAGUUUUGACACUAUAGUUGAAUCUUAUAACUAUCUGCCACCUCAUACAGAAUAUCAAAAACAAUUAUCAGAAAAGGGAAAAAAAUUAUGGGAAGCUGUUAAAGAAGAUUAUUUUAAUUUUACUAAUUGGACUACUUUAUUACAGACAUUAGAAGUAGAGGACAAUAUUGAUGCUGCAAGAGAUGCUUAUAAUUGUUUCCUAAGAUACUAUCCCUACUGCUAUGGAUACUGGAAAAAGUUUUCUGAUGUAGAAAAAAAAAGUGGAAACUAUGCCCAAGCUACUGAAAUUUUUGAGCGUGGUCUCAAAGCAAUUCCGAUUAGUGUUGACCUAUGGAUUCAUUACAUUAAUUUUACUAUGCAACAAAAUAAGUUGAAUGAAAAUCAACAGCUCAUUCGAAGUUUGUUUGAUCGAGCAUUAGAUUCAGCAGGAAUGGAGUUUAGAUCAAACAAAUUAUGGGAUACAUACAUUACAUGGGAAAAGUCACUAGGCAAUUUAAAACGUGUUACAGAAAUAUUUGAUAGGCUCAUAGCAACACCUACUCAGCAGCAUUUGAGAAAUUGGCAAAGAUUCAAAGAACACUUGCAAUCAAAUUCUUUAGCAGAAGUCUUGCCUAUAGAAGAAUAUAAUAAAAUAAUGCAGGAAAUGGAUGCUGUUCCUCCUGGCAUGGGCAUCGAAGAUAUAGCACCUUCAAUAAUUUUAGAUAAAUUAGGAAAAGAUGUUGAAGAAAAGAAUAAUGAUUUGCCUGUCGAGAGUGCUGCAAUGAAAAAAAAAGUUAUUUCAGAAAGGGAGUUUGUUUAUAGCAAAACUGCAUGUGAAGUUACCAAGAGAUUGGAAUAUGAAGAGGCUAUUAAAAGGCCUUAUUUUCAUGUGAAACCUUUAGAAGUAACACAAAUAUCAAAUUGGAAUAAAUAUCUGGAUUAUGAAAUACAAGAAGGUGAAAAAAAGCGUAUUUUGUUUUUAUUCGAAAGAUGUUUAGUGGCAUGUGCUAUGUAUGAAGAUUUUUGGCACAAAUAUAUAGAUUUUGCUGAAAAGUAUGAUCCAGUAUUAACCUACAGUAUAUUUUAUCGCGCAUGCAACAUUCAUUUAAUAAAACAUUAUAAAAUACAUCUUCGUUGGUCAAUAUUUGAGGAGAAGCAAAAUAGAUAUGAUUCUGCUGCUCUUGUUUUGAAAAAACUAGAUACAAAUUUUCCAGGUUUGAUUCUCAUAACACAAAGAAGGGCUGGAUUAGCACGAAGGAUGAAAAAGUAUGACGAUGUUGUUAGUGUAUAUGAAAAUGCAAUCAGUAGGGCUGAAAAAAUAGAAGAAAAAAUAUUUUAUAGUAUUAAAUUUUCAAGGUUUCUAGGAAAGGUUGCAAAUAAUAAAGAAAAAGCACGAUCUGUUUUAUGGAAGGCUUUACAACUGGGGAAGAACCACAAAAGACUCUAUCUGCAAUUAAUGGACUUGGAAAUGUAUUGCGGAACUGUUGAAAUUAAUCAUGUUACACAUCUUUUUGAAGCAGUUGAUAAUGAUCUAAAUAUUGGACUUACUUUUCAAGAAAUGUUUCAACAAAGAAUUGUUGAGUUUUUGCAGGAAUUUUGUGACGAUAUUAAUGUUAUAAUUCAAGUUGAGGAGAAUUAUAAACUGACCAAAAUAAAAAGAGAGUCAUUAAAGCGUUCAAAUCAAAACAGUAUAUCAACUGAUGCUUCAUCAAAAGUUUUGAAAUCAGAUAUUCCUCUCCCAAGUGAAGAGCCAAAAGUUAUUGAAAAAUAUCCAACUUUUCCAGAUAGAAAUAAUUCUUGGUUUGAUUCAACAGGCGAGGGGAACAACUAUUACAAUUGGAGUGAUUACCCACAUCAGUUUAUUCACCAGCAGCAACAUCAGCAACACUACAAAUAGAUUUUGAUCAUUGAUUGAAAUUUUAAAGAAGCAAACUUGUAUUUGCAUUGGUUCAAAGUAAUCAUGGCUGACUUAGGAUUUAAACUUUGUAAAAAAGCAUAAAAAAGUUUUAUAAUGAUGGUUGACUUUGAAUUUAAGCUUUGUAGAAAGAAUUAAAAAAAACAACAACAACUAAUAUUAGAAAAA